AUGGCUGUGCCACCCUCCACCUAUCCCCGUCGCCUCCUGCCCCUCUUCCUGGGGCUUUUCCAAGGCGCCCUGCUCCUCUUCUUUGCCCUCUUCGUCACCUAUGAUGAGCCCUCGGCGCAAGGGGAGGAUACCAACUUGGUGGCCAACAAGGUCUACAGCACCUUCCCCUUCUUCCAGGACAUCCAGGUGAUGCUGGUGGUGGGGCUGGGACUCCUGCUGACCUUCCUGCCCCGCUACGGCUUUAGCACCCUCACCCACAACUUCCUCCUGCUCAACUUCUCCAUGCAGUGGGCACUGGUGCUGCAGGGCCUGCUCCACCACUUCCACCAUGGCCAGAUCCACCUGGACCUCCACAAACUCCUCAUCUCUGUGUUCGCUGCUGUGACAGUGCUCAUCUCCGUGGGGGCCAUCCUGGGGAGGGCCAGCCCCUGCCAGCUGCUCGUCAUGGCCACCUGUGAGAUCCCCAUCUACCUUGCCAGCGAGUGGGUCAUUGUCACCUGUCUGGGCGUUCUGGAUGUGGGCGGCACCAUCACCAUCCACGUCUUCUCCUGCUAUUUUGGCCUUGGCGUGUCCAAGGCUCUCUUCAGGGCAACACAGCAGCCACUGCACCCCAAGGAGAUCCCAACAACCAGCUCUGACCUCAUGUCCCUGGUGGGGACACUCAUCCUCUGGGUUUUCUGGCCCAGCUUCGUGGCUGUCCCCUGCCAACCUGGCGAUGCCCAGCACCGUGCCAUCCUAAACACCCUCCUGGCCAUGAGUGCCGGUGCCAUAACCACCGUGGUGGCCUCCAGCCUGCUGAAGAGGGACGGCAAGCUCAGCCCCGGCCACCUGCAGAACGGCAGCCUGGCCGGCGGGGUGGCGAUCGGCGUGGUGGCCGACAUGGCCAUGCCACCAGUGGCCGCUCUUGCCCUGGGCAGCCUCUCAGCCCUGGUGUGUGUCCUCGGCUUCAGGUUCCUCACCCCGCUCCUGGCGAGGAAACUCACCGUCCAUGACCAGUGCGGCAUCCACAACCUCCACGGCUUGCCCGGCAUCCUCGGCGCCGCAGCCAGCGUCGUGGCCGUCCUGGUGGCACCCAAGGACACCUCCGGGUCGCAGCCCUCUCAGCUGUCCCCCACUGGGGGCAAUGCCAGCGGGGUGGUGGAGGGACAGUGGGGGGGCCGGGGGGUGGGCGGGCAGGCGCUGUGCCAGGCUGCGGGGCUGGCGGUGGCCGUCGGUGCCCCGCUGCUCGCCGGGCUGCUCACCGGUGCUGCCCUGCGGCUGCCCUGCCUGGCCCGGCCGCCCGAACGGCUCUGCUUCGAUGACUCGCUGUAUUUUAAGAUCCACGAUCAGACUGAGAGCCCGGGGCCGGAUAGCAGCGCUGAGGAAGGUGCCCUGGCUCUGAAGGAGCAGGUUUAG